AUGCCAAGCUUCGACGUGAGGGGGAAGCAUCUUUCGGAAGCGAGGCACUGGUCGGCACCGGAAGUGUUCGGUCCUCGUGCACACUUUUCUACGUCACCGCCGCCCGCCUCGCUGCUGGUGCGUGACGUCAAGCGGCGCGAUGAGGGCGUCUACCGUUGCCGGAUUGACUUCCGUAACACGCAGACUACUAGCUUCAGAUACAAUCUCACUGUAGUUGUACCACCGGAAAAGCCAGUGGUGGUGGAUCGAUGGGGGCGUGUCAUCAAUACAACGACCCUUGGUCCUCAUGAGGAAGGAGACGACGUGCUUCUUACAUGUCGUGUACUUGGAGGUCGUCCAGAACCAUCAGUACGAUGGUUAGUUAACGGUGUCCUCGUAGAUGAGGAGUACGAACACAACACCGGCGACGUAAUAGAGAACCGGCUGCUAUGGCCGGCUAUUAGACGCGCCGACUACGCAGCCGUGUUCACGUGUCAAGCUGCCAACUCACAUUUGGUGCCACCGAAAGAGCUUUCAUUAGUACUAGACAUGUUCUUGAGGCCCCUCACCGUGGAAAUCAGAAAGCCAUUGGAAAUUGGUGAAGGGGGCGUUUUGACUGCUGAGCGGAGAUACGAGGUUGCAUGUGAAUCAGCUGGUAGUCGGCCGCCUGCGCUCAUCACUUGGUACAAGGGAAAGCGGCAGCUGAAAAGGAUAACGGAGGAGCUACGAGAUAAUUUAACUGUAAGUGUAAUGAGUUUCGUGCCGACGCUAGACGACGACGGCAAGCCGCUCACCUGCCGGGCGGAAAACCCGAAUGUUACCUCUUUGUUCCUGGAAACAUCGUGGGUUAUCAGUGUCGUUUAUCCGCCAGUCGUGAGGCUGCGGCUCGGAAGCUCGUUAGCGGCCGGCGACAUCAAAGAGGGCGACGACGUGUACUUCGAGUGCCAUGUUCGAGCCAACCCUGCCGUCAGAAAGCUCUCAUGGCUGCAUGACGACAAGCCGUUGGCGCACAACGCGACGGCACGCGUCUUCCACAGUAACCAAAGCCUGGUGCUGCAGAAAGUGACGCGGUACAGCAGCGGGAGGUACGCCUGCUCCGCACUCAACGCGGAGGGGGAGACAGUCUCCAAUGAGCUGCAUUUUAGAGUCAAAUGUGAGUAA